AUGGACAAUCAUACAGCAGUGACCACAUUCCUUCUGUGGGGAUUUUCCAGUUUCCCAGAGCUACAGGGUCUCCUUUUUGUGAUCAUUUUCUUCUCCCAUGUAACCAUCCUAGCUGCAAAUGUGUCCAUCAUGGUGGCCAUCAAGCUCAGUCACAACCUUCACACUCCCAUGUACUUUUUCCUCUGUUGCCUAUCCUUUUCAGAAACCUGUGCCGCUAUGGUAAUUAUCCCCCGCAUGCUGGUGGACUUGCUAUCAGACAGCAAAACCAUUUUUCUUCCUGAAUGUGCUACACAAAUGUUUUUCUUUUUUGGCUUGGCAGCCAACAACUGCUUCAUCAUGGCCGCCAUGUCCUAUGACCGUUAUACUGCCAUCCACAACCCACUGAACUACCACAUGCUAAUAACCCACAGCAUCUGCUGUCAGCUGAUGAUGGCCUCUUUUGUGGUUGGGUUCUUGGUUUCUCUAUGCAUUGUCAUCACUGUAUUCAACUUGUCAUUUUGUGACUCCAAAAUCAUCCAGCACUUCUUCUGUGACAUCUCACCCGUGGUCUGCCUUGCUUGUGAUUACACUUUUAUUCAUGAGAUGUUUAUUUUUGUGCUGUCUGUCUUUGUGCUGGUGGGCAGCUUUAUUUUGAUUAUGGUUUCCUAUGUCUUCAUUGUGUCCAUAGUUGUAAAGAUGCCCUCUGCAAAAGGUAGAUAUAAAGCCUUCUCAACCUGCUCUUCCCACCUCACUGUAGUGUCCAUACACUAUGGAUUUGCUUCCUUUGUCUAUUUGAAGCCCAAGAACAGUGGAUCAUUUGGCGAAGAUAUGCUGAUGGCUGUGACAUAUACCGUGCUGACACCUCUGCUUAACCCCAUCAUUUACAGUCUAAAAAACAAAGAAAUGCAGCUAGCCCUAAGGAAAGUAAUUGGCAAUGCAAAUAAGUUUAUUCUUCUUCUACAAAAAGGUAACUGA